UAGCUAGCUAUCCUCGGAAGAAGGGAGGCAACUGUCUGCAUUAAACUUCCUUGUCUGCAGUCUGCCUGCCUACACUUCUCACUUGCUAAUAUAUUGCUUAUUAGUUAGUAAGUCCUGAGAAUUAAUAUUCGUCAUCGAUCCCAUCACAUCCCAUGGCUCCGCCAACCAUUGGUGCCUUGGAUGAGCGGGAGCUCAGCCUGCAGCCAGAAGCACUAGUAUGCCACAUGCUGGCCUUGCCUUAUCCCGGUCGGGGCCACAUCAAUCCCAUGCUCAGCCUCUGCGAGCUCCUCCUCUCCAAGGAACCCCGCAUCCACAUCACCUUUGUUCUCACCGAGGAGUGGCUUAGCUUGAUCACAUCUGCUGGCAGCAAUAAGCCCUGCAGCAGCAACUACAGCAAUAAUAUUCGGUUCGUCACGCUUCCUAACAUCAUCCCUUCCGAGCUCGACCGCUCCAAGGACUUCCCCGGAUUCUUCGAGGCCGUCGACACGAAGAUGGAGGGCCCAUUCGAGCAGCUCCUUGAUGCCCUUGCGAAGCCCCCUGCAGUUAUCGUGGCCGAUACUUUCCUCAAGUGGGCAGUUGGAGUGGGCAAAAGGAGGAACAUCCCGGUGGCUUCUCUGUGGACCCAAUCAGCCUCGGUGUUCUCCUUGCUGCAAAACAUUGAGUUGCUCGAACAAAACGGAGAUUUCCAGGUCGACCUGUUAGAGAGAGGAGACGAGCAAGUCGACUACAUUCCUGGGAUCUCCCCGACUCGUGUGGCGGAUCUCCCAUCGUUCUUCACAGGCGAUGGCCACAAAGUCCUCCACAAAGCCAUCAAAUGCAUCUCGAUGGCUUCUAAAGCGCAGUUCUUCCUCUCGACCUCCUUCCACGAACUCGAACCCCUAGCCAUCAAAGCCCUGAGGCCCAUAUUCUCUAGCCCAAUAUACUCCGUCGGUCCAACGAUCCCCUUUUCCAAGCUCAAGCCCGGAGUCAGUGAGGAAGAAGCUGAUGAUUUAUACCUCCAGUGGCUCGACUCCCAGCCUUCACGCUCCAUCCUCUAUGUCUCUCUAGGGGGUAGCUUUCUAUCCGUCUCAAGUGCCCAGCUGGAAGAGAUCAUUGCCGGUGUCCGAGACAGCGGGGCCCGCUCCCUCUGGGUGGCGCGUGGGAACACCUCCUUCAUCAGAGAUGCCAUCGGGGAUAGGGUUCCGAAUUUGGUCGUGCCAUGGUGCAAUCAGCUGAAGGUUCUAUGUCAUGAUUCCGUUGGAGGGUUUUGGACGCACUGCGGGUGGAACUCAACCUUGGAAGCUAUUUUCUCCGGGGUCCCGAUGCUAACUUGUCCGAUAUUUUGGGACCAGAUUCAUAACAGCAAGCAAAUUGUGAAGGACUGGAAGAUCGGCUUCCGAGUGAAGAAGAAAUCGGGAAGUGGGGAUGUCAUUAUGAGGGAAGAGAUCGCAGGACUCGUUAAGAAGCUGAUGGACCCAGAGAGUGAGGAAGGACGAGAAGUGAGGAGGAGAGUAAAGGAGCUUCAACAAUGCUGUGCCAAGGCAAUUGCCAGAGGCAGCGGGUCAUCUGACAUAGAUCUCGAUGCUUUCGUCAGAGAUAUAUAUAUCUCAAACAAGACAAGACGGAGCGAAAACUAGGUAGAUGCGUGCACCUUGUUUGAAGUGAAGUGAAAUUUAGAAGUUGUCCAAGGGCUUCAUCAUGUACUAGUAGACGUGGCCGACUCGGAAACAUGAGAUCCCGAGUUCAAUCCUCGUAUCUAAACUCGUGCUCCUUUUAUUUAGUUUUCAUUAUUAUUGUACUUUACUAAACUAAAUACCUCUCUUAUAACCAAAUAAAAUUAUUCUUAAUAAAAAGAACUGUGCCUCAUUGUGAAUAA